AAUCGGGGUUUCACUGUACUUCACCUAAGUGAUAGAUUUCUCUCAAUAACAUAAAAUACAUCUCACUUUGAUUUGCUAUUUUGAUUUAAUUAUUUGCUAAAUUAAUUAAAUUUCCGUUAAUUUAAUUUCAGUAAAGGCAUGGCAUUAAGAGCAUUUGGAAAUAAAUAUUUUUCGUCUUUUGCUUUAAGGGCUGCUGUUACCUCAAAAGUAGAGCGCAACAUGAGUAGUAGCAUUUUGCAUAAACAUGAUGGAAAUUUGAAAUAUCAUACACUAAACAUCACUACACCAAAACAAUUUGUUUACCAUGUCGAGCUUAAUCGACCAAAACAAUUAAAUGCUUUCAACAAGGACCUGUUUGUUGAAAUUAAGAAGUGUUUUGAGAGCCUUAGCACUAACCCUGACUGUCGCGUGGUUGUUCUAUCAGGCUUAGGAAAACACUUUAGUGCAGGACUUGAUUUAGUCGAUGCUAUGAAGUUGAGUCAAGAAUUAGGUGCGGUUGAUGAUGUUGCACGAAAAGCAGCUUUGCUAGAACACACAAUUAAACUAUAUCAAGAUUCCAUAUCUUCCUUGGAAAUAUGCGCGAAGCCUGUUAUAACAGCUAUACAUUCUGGAUGCAUUGGCGCGGGAGUUAACCUUAUAACUGCUGCAGAUAUACGUUAUUGUAGUGAAGAUGCAUUUUUCAGCAUUAAAGAAGUUGACAUUGGUUUGGCCGCAGAUAUAGGUGCAUUGCAACGACUACCGAAAGUCGUGGGAAAUGAAUCAUUAGCGCGGGAACUUGCCUAUACUGGUAGACGUUUUGGUGCUACCGAGGCGCAUAACUUCGGUUUGGUUAGCAAAGUUUACCCAUCCAAGGAAGCUUGUGUUGAGGGUGCAUUGGAAUUGGCAGCAAUCAUCGCUGAGAAAAGCCCAGUUGCAGUGCAGGCCACAAAAGCGAAUAUAAUUUAUUCAAAACCUAGACCAAAUCAGGAUGGUUUAGAUCAUAUUCGACAAACGAAUAAGUUAAACUUGCAAUCCGAAGAUUUCGCAAAUGCCGCUGUAGCAGCAUUAACCAAGGAACAACCAACAUUUUCAAAAUUGUAAAAGGCAAGGUGAUUAGUUUUUAAGGAUAAAGUUUUUUUUU